UGUAAAACGCAUCACAUAAAUAUCCCCAAGUUUAUCGUUUGAAGUAUCGCCCGCCAUACCAGGUCAUAAAAUUGAAAACAAAUACUAUCAUAGCUGGAAUCGGUGAUUGGGAAAUCGAUUUUGAUGCAAUUAGCGCAAUAAGCUCGAGUUUCUUAUGACGUAAAUUUUUGUGUCGGUUAAAUCUUUGUAAAACAUUGCAAAGACAACGCAAUACUAGUGCGUUAUCAUUAAAAACCGUUAUUGUGACAGAACAACAGUGAGAUUGGAACUAGUUAAUCUAGAGCUUGUUGCCAGAGAGGUCCGUUAAAAAUGGUCGAUCAGAAUGUCGAGAACAAAAUUAAGGAAUAUUUAGAUUCCCCUGAGAAAUUCAAGAAGGUCAUCAAGUUUUUAGAAAAGGAAGCAAACGCGGAUUACAACAUCAUUUUGGUAGCUUCCAUAAGUGUUGAUCAAACUUUCCAAGAUCUUGUCAAUAAAUUAGUGAAAGAAAUCGACAACCCGAGUUCAAAAGCAAAAGCACCGACAACCGGAGUUCGGAAGCAUUCCUCGCCCUUUCCGGAUGGAAAACUCGGAGCUGUCUCAGAUUGUACAAUCCAAACACAUAAUAAUACCUCAUCAUCUUGGAUCGAGAUGGAAACAGUCAUAAGAGUUACUGGAAAAUUUGCGGGAGCUGUAGUUGGCACAGCUGUUUCACCUGGUAUCGGAACUGUUAUCGGAGGACUUGUUGGUGGACAACUGUCAACAUCUCUUGCUGGCAUGAUGCAGAGUUAGGCAACGCUGAUUGUCCAUAGCCUACAUGGCACGCGGUAGAAACUUGGAACUUUGGGCCUUCGUCGGAAAAUAAUAAAGUCCCAAUACAGUAUAUAAUUGUAUUUUUGUAUUGCAAAAAUCCUUGUUAAUCCAAGAGUACAUUGCGAAAAGAAAAUGUA